UUCUUCUCCCUUUCUCCCACUCUACCUUGACUUCCCUUUCUCUACUAUCUCUAUCCUCUGCACCUCCUAGUCCGACUGAACUUCUGCGUUUGCGUCGUUCUCAUCGCUUCUCUUCCCUUUUUUUCGUGAUCCCUUAGGCGACGAAGCCCCCCCUAAUCCCUUGGUCAGGGCCCCUUUCAGUGCUCCCCAAGGUCAGAGAUGUCUACUGCUGUAAAAGAGUUGGGCUCUGCCCCCCAGCUCGAGAAGAAGCCUGUCAAGUUCAGCAACUUGUUGCUGGGUGCCGGGUUGAACAUGUUUGAGGUCACUACUUUGGGACAGCCGCUGGAGGUGAUCAAGACAACCAUGGCUGCGAACCGAGGCGAUAGCUUCGCUGGCGCUAUGGGUCGGAUAUGGGGUCGUGGCGGGAUCCUCGGUUACUAUCAAGGUCUCAUUCCGUGGGCCUGGAUUGAGGCCUCCACCAAAGGCGCUGUUCUUCUCUUCGUCGCGUCGGAAGCAGAAUUCCAGGCCAAGGUGUUAGGUGCCCCUGACUUCCUCGCUGGUAUCUCGGGAGGUAUGGCUGGUGGAGUUGCCCAGGCCUAUGCAACCAUGGGUUUCUGUACUUGCAUGAAGACGGUUGAGAUCACGAAGCAUAAGAUGGCUGCGCAGGGUGUUAAGCCUCCCAGCACGUUUGCAACCUUCAUGGACAUCUACCGCAAGGAAGGUAUCCGAGGUAUCAACCGUGGUGUCAACGCCGUUGCCAUUCGUCAGACUACAAACUGGGGUUCUCGAUUUGGUCUCUCUCGCCUAGCAGAACAGGGUCUCCGCAAGGUCACCGGCAAGGACGAAAGCGAGAAGCUCACUGCCAUUGAGAAGGUUAUUGCAUCUGGUCUAGGAGGUGGUCUCUCUGCCUGGAACCAGCCAAUCGAAGUCAUCCGUGUUGAAAUGCAGAGCAAGACUGAGGACCCCAACCGCCCUAAGAACCUGACUGUUGGAAAGGCCUUCAAGUAUAUCUACGACAGCAACGGUAUCAAGGGUCUCUACCGUGGUGUGGCCCCCCGCAUUGGUCUCGGAAUCUGGCAGACUGUCUGCAUGGUGGCUCUUGGUGACAUGGCCAAGGAAGCAGUCGAAAAACUGACGGGCGACAAAGUCACCGCGAAGCACUAGAGAAGGUUUGAAAUACCCUUCUGCUAUGCAUGGUCUUGGAUGUGUGGGGGCGAGUGGAUUAUCGGGAUCUCCUUGUACGAUAUUCUGAACGCCGACGAAAGACACCUGUAGCCUGAAUUCAUCCGUGUCCUGGAUAGAGGCAAUACUUAAUACAUCUAUAGAUAAUUAUUCAAGACAAACCAGCUUUCUAUUGAUUUCUCCUAUAAAUUCUUCUCCACGUGGCAUAGCUAGCAGGCCAUAAGCCGACACCGGAUAGUCUAAUUGUCAGAUCAAUUUCGCCCUCAGAAGAACCAUCUCUCCAGCAGUGGUCCUUUUAUUUCUAGUUACAAUGGAGUGAAGUAUUUAAUGCUAGGGUUUUAUAGAUAAUGAAAACUAUAUAUAUCU